UGGUGAGACUUGUACACGCAAUUAUCCACGUAUCGUCGUUUUAAAAUUAAAUUUACGUGCACUAAAAAAUAAUAAAAAUUAUGGUUGUAUUCGGGAGUUUGCGAAGAAAACAAUAAACUGCGGUCAGCUACGCCAUAACUGUCAUAGCUUCUUCUCUUUCUUCUUCUUCUCUUUCUUCUUAAAUUGCAACAGCGAGUGCCUUAAAAAUAAAAAUUGCAACGUGAAGAGUACUUUUAAAAAUAAAAGUAAAAUAAAUAGAAUGUGUUUUAAUAAAAUAAAGUAAAAGUUUCUGACGAGAGUAUAGACAAAGAUCCGAAGAAGAGCACGCAUCACCAAAUUGUGUCAAGGUCUUUACUCCAAGAAUUGUGCUGCUCGAAAAAAGUAAAAGGGACAAAGGACGAGGGCGUGUUGUGUUACUACGGACGUUAAUUUAUAAGCUUUAAAAAAGACAAAAUUUUAUUUAACUGCGUUCAAACGUUCCAAGACUAUUUUAUUUAUUAAGAUUUAUCAAUAUGUGAAACGUUAUUGGCUAUCGUAGAUCGAUGUUUUUCUCAGACGUUUCCACGUGGGCAGAAUCGUGUGACGUGUGUUUUUAUUUAGUUUUCUCACGUGUUAUUUCUUCUCGGUAUCUCGCUCAAGUCAUUUUAAAUAAAAAUUUUUAUGAUUAUUAUGUAUUUGAUUUUAAGUUUUUUUUUUAGAUACCGACUGUCUAUUUUAGUGCCGAGUUCUGUGCUGUCUGAUAUGUUCAGUUGUAUGUGUACUUAUGUUUAUGUGUGAUGUAUAUGUUGUUCGAGAAAGAUCGAAUUAAAUAUUAAUGCCCGCGUUAAAGGAAAUUUAAUGUCACGUGCGGGCUUUUAAUUAUUAUUAUGUCUUUUUAUUUGUCAAGUUUAAUUUUUUAGUUUUUCUUCAAGAUGUCGGACUUUCCAAGUGAGCUCGAAAAUGGAGAUAUCCGUUCUCGAGCUGGAAUCCAGCUGGAUAUUAACAAAGACUUUCCGUCUAAAAAUAAUUUCGGCACAGUGAGAACACACCCACAAGCAUCAACAUUAUCGCAGAGGCACCACAGCCAAGGUAGUAGCACCAGUAGUAGCACCAGCAGCACCUCGAGCGCUUCGAGCAGCACCAAAACAAGGAGUUUGCUGUCAACAAUAACAUCGUCUUCAAAGAAAGAACUCAAUGCGGUUAAAACUAAUAUCACUGAUUUGCGUUCUGGAAUCGAUGAAAUGAAGACUAUUUACUCGAGAUCGCAUCGGGCGCACAAUCUUGAUAGGGAUGGAAGCGCAAGCAUCACCGACGAUGACCAACCAGUGGUCACCUUCCCCGACUCGGACACUCCAUCUCCGACGAGUCUACGACCCAGGAACAUGAGUAUUGACUCGUCCUCCCAACUUGACCCCCUGAACUCGUUCAGUGACCUCCACCACAUAAACACACCACUGAACAUCUCGAGCAUGGGGCUGGCCGGUCAAGAGAGCAUGAAAUUCGAAGAGAAAAAAAUGACCAGCACUUCCACUACCAAGGUAAAAGCUCAGCUGGUCACGGACAGAUUCAGUGCGGAGAAAGCCACCGCCAAUUGUGAAGAAAUGCGAGCUUUGCAAGCUGGAGAUGUUUCUUACAAAGAAGAAAGCGCUGCUACUGCAGCUAGAGCUCGUGUUGAAGUUGAUGGAGUUUCUGCUGAAAAAAGCGUCGCUACGGCUCGGGAACAGAGAAGCUUGAAGGCUGGGAACCUCUCGCAUCAAGAAAGUAACAAUCUAGCAGCUUCCAGCAUGAAACUGCAGAGCGAUUCUUUCAGUUCUGAGAAGACCGCGAUGGCAGCGCAGCAACAAAGACAAACAGUUACAUCAUCCGGAAUAUCAAACAAGUAUAUGUCCUCCUCCCAAUCAAGUUUCUCGAUAGCUUCCUCAAAAGAAGUAAGCUCGUCUAUCGCAGCCUUAACAACCGCCGCAUCAGCAGUAAACCAUCUUCUUAACGGGCCUUACACUGAAGAUGACCUGCUAGCGCUCCCUCUGGACGAUUUAACGCAACUCUGCACAAACGCGACUGCUCAAGACGUCGAAAAAGCGCGUCAGAAGUACUCCGCAUUAGUAGAAAAAUUCAUAGAUCUGCUAAAAACUUCUUCUAAAGCCCCCAGUUUGCUGGACAAGAUCCACAGUAUUAUCCAGAAAGCCUGGUCAGUUCCCACCCACGGUCACGAAUUGGGUCUCACCCUCUGUAACACGCUUAGGAUACGCGGUGGGUUGGAUUUCAUGAUAAAAAACUGCCGUGGGGAUGACCAGAGGCUUAAAUUUUCCUCCGCGACUCUUUUAGAACAAUGUUUGAUCACCGAAAAUCGCGCUUAUGUCGUCGAACACGGCCUAGACGCGGUAGUAAGCGUCGCUUGCUUGUGCAUGAACCCGAAAAACAAAGAUUUAAAUUACGCAAGAGUCGGGAUUGGAAUUCUAGAGCACCUUUUUAAGCACAGCCAGAACACUUGCAGCAAAGUAAUCGCUCUAGGCGGCUUAGAACAGCUUGUGUUCGCUUGCAGAAUGGCGGACGUAGAAGUUCUGCGCCACUGCGCAAGCGCGAUAGUGAAUUUAGCGCUUUACGGCGGUGCCGAGAACCAAGAGCGCAUGAUCAGUUCCAAAGUUCCCACUUGGACGUUCCCCUUGGCGCUGCAAAACGACGAGAAUGUUAGGUACUACGCGUGUUUAGCUGUCGCUGUUCUAGUCGCUAAUAAAGAAAUCGAAGCUUCUGUAAAAGACGGAGGAGUUCUGGAUCUCAUAGAACCGUUCCUAACCUCCCACAAUCCUUCAGAAUUCGCUAAAUCUAACCUUGCGCAUGCGCACGGACAAGCCAAGCAAUGGCUAGAGAAGUUAGUUCCUGUUCUGAGCUCUAAGCGCGAAGAAGCUCGCAGUCUUGCGGCUUUUCACUUUUGUAUGGAAGCGGGGAUUAAAAAGGAACAGGGAAAAACGGAUAUUUUUCAUGAAAUUGGGGUUAUAGAACCGCUAAAAAAGGUCGCUAGUUGUCCGAACGCGGUAGCUUCGAAGUUCGCCGCUAAAGCGCUGAUUUUAAUGGGCGAAGAAGUGCCUCAUAAAUUGAGCCAACAGGUGCCGCUCUGGUCGACUGAUGAUGUUAAGGAGUGGGUAAAGCAAAUUGGCUUUGCGGAGUAUGUUCAGAAUUUUGUGGACAGUCGGGUUGAUGGAGAUUUGCUUUUGCAAUUGACGGAAGAGAAUUUAAAAGAAGAUAUUGGACUGACCAAUGGGAUCAAAAGGAGGAGAUUCACCCGCGAACUUCAAAAUCUUAAAAAAAUUGCGGACUACAGCAGCAAAGAUUCCGGAAAUUUAAACGGAACUUUACUUCUAGCAGGAAAAGAAUUUGCAAUUUAUACUUAUAAUUUUCUUAAUGCGGGUAUUGAUGAAGCAUACCUUGAAAGCAUUUCCGAAGACCAAUUGUUGACGGAAUGCGGAAUUGUUAAUAGUAUUCACAGGGUUAAAAUUAUGGAGUCUAUUAAGAGACAUUUGAACUCGAAAAAAGCAUCGCCGACAGAUGAAAUUGAAACUACGGAUAAAAAUCUUGAUGUUUUUGUAAGUUAUCGAAGAUCUAAUGGUUCUCAGCUGGCUAGUCUUCUUAAAGUACACUUGCAAUUGCGCGGGUUCUCGGUAUUUUUGGACGUCGAGAGGCUUGAAGCGGGAAAGUUUGAUAAUAAUCUGCUACAGAGUAUCAAACAGGCUAAACACUUUUUGCUGGUUCUCACGACUGACGCACUUGGGAGGUGCAUUAAUGAUGACGAGGGCAAGGAUUGGGUUCAUCGGGAGAUAGUUGCUGCGUUACAGUCGCAGUGUAAUAUUAUUCCGAUUAUUGAUAAUUUUCAGUGGCCGCAGGUUGAAGAGCUGCCGGAAGAUAUGCGUGCUGUUUGCCACUUUAAUGGUGUCAGGUGGAUCCAUGACUAUCAAGAUGCUUGCGUUGACAAAUUAGAAAGGUUUAUGCGAGGUGAUAUGCCACCAGUAAGGACAGACGCUAGCCUCCGACUAGGUUCUAAAGACAUUUCAUCACCAGGCACACCAGCGAGUUCAAGUAUGCGACACCCGCCGGCCUAUCACAGAAUACCGAGCAAUGAGAGUCAGAAUAAUAAAGAUUCUGGCAAAGAAACUAUCAAUAAAGAUGCUGCUAAGAAUUCAGAAUGACUAGAUGACCCGCCCACAGUUGAUAGAUUUCGAAAAACUUCCAGUCCAAUAAGACCAAUAGGAAUGCCUUCGACACCCUCGCGUAAGUUUGUGUACACAAACCCAGG